GACAGCACUUGAAUGCAGCAUGAACAGCAACACAUUCCCAGCGCCACAGCAGAGGUAAUGAGAUUCAGCUAACUGCACGAGAGCGUCCGACCUGGUUAAACGAGUAGAGGACGGUGUCAACCACCGAUAAAGUCACGCUCUGAUACGGAUAUAAAAGAGUGCCGUCGCUGUAAACUGGAGAAAAGAAAGAAACACCAUUUAAAGUGAGUUUAUAAGAACAACCGAGAGGAUUUAAUAAGUGGACACGAGACGUGAGUGGAACCGUGGCAGAUGUAAGGUGACAUCGAUGAACGUUGAUUAAACUGCCGGGAUGUUCAGUGAAUGAUGAAAACAAUAUCACAGCAAGAAGUGACUUCAGAGACGACAGGAAUGGCUUGAUUUCUCACCCGGGAGAGCGGUGGGACAUUACUGUCAGAGGCACUCAUGUUUCUGUGGAAGAGAAGGAAAGUUUUCUGCGCUUCACUCGGAUACAAGUCUACUUUUUGAAAGGCAUUGCUGCUGUGACUAUUUCUCACCCCAGUGGCAGAGCCCGACAGUUUUGGUGUCGGCUCAUAACGGUUCACUAUGUCUAUGCCCGUGCUAAAGAAAAACCACUGGACCUCCAGAGUGAACGAGUGCUCCGUCUCUAAAGAUGCCCGUGGUGACUUGAAUGUGCCACUGCGCGGCGGAGCGGAGAACGGGGAGUUUGCCUACAUCGGGCCAGUUAACGAGGAUGUCGUGGUUUACAAAAUUGGAAAAAUAAAUGAAGGAGAACUGCUGCUGGAGGUGGAAAAUCUAUCGAUUUCGGGAUUACCCUUGUACGACGUACAGACAGUGAUAAAGAACUGCAAAGGUCCCGUCAGGUUGAAAACUGUCAGACAAGGAAGUAAGCUGAACAAGGACCUGAAGCAUUAUCUGAGCCAGCGCUUCCAGAAAUCCUCGCCUGACCACGAACUGCAGCAGACCAUCCGAGACAACCUCUACCGCCACGCCGUGCCUUGUACAACCCGCGCCCCACGUGACGGAGAAGUGUCUGGCGUGGACUACAACUUCCUCCCAGUAGAGGACUUCCUGGAGUUGGAGAAGAGUGGGACCCUGUUGGAGAUUGGAACGUAUGAUGGUAACUAUUAUGGGACGCCCAAGCCACCGGUGCAGCCCCCCGGUGGGAAAGUGAUUAGCAGUAGCGGUAGCGGCGGUGAUGCCCCACUGCCAGACGGGCUCAGUGGUAGCCUGCCGGGCUCGCAGCACUCCACUCCCCGACGCUCCAAGUCCUACAAUGACAUGCACAAUGCUGGAAUAGGGCCUGGAGAGCAGCAGCAGGAGGAAGACGAGGACCUCCCUGACAUGAACAGUAGCUUUACAGGAGAUUCGAGUGAAUUAGACGAGAUUCAUCACUCAGUGCGCCCCUUCGUCCCCCGCAAGAGUGACCCGCCCUACGUUGGGAGAACCCCCUCACCAUCGGCCACCACGGAGAGCAAUCAGCAGACACACUCUAACCUGAGCCAUCCUCCCCCGGAGGAUCCUCUGGGACCUCUGCCUGACAACUGGGAGAUGGCCUACACCGAGAACGGAGAGGUCUACUAUAUAGACCACAAUACAAAGACCACCUCCUGGAUAGACCCUCGGUGCAUGGACAAGCCUCAGAAACCCCUGGAAGAAUGUGAAGAUGAUGAAGGGGUACACACAGAGGAGCUGGACAAUGACCUAGAACUUCCACCAGGAUGGGAGAAAAUUGACGAUCCGGUGUAUGGGGUCUACUAUGUUGAUCAUAUCAACAGGAAGACCCAGUAUGAGAAUCCAAUGUUGGAGGCUAAGAGGCGCAGGCAGCUGGAGCAGCAGCCUCAGCCCCAAAGCCAGCAGCCACCUGAAGGUGAGCGCUACAUCCGAGAAUGGAUCGAGGACGCAGCAUUGGCAGGGGCCCCUCUGGCCAACUAUGCUGCCAACCACCAGGAGACCUACAGGGACCCUCAGACAGGACCUCCAGUGCCCAACGCAGUGGGACAAAAACGAGGAAAACCGUUCUUUACCCGGAACCGAUCGGAGCUGAAUGGGACUUUCAUCAAUACCAAGCUGAAAAAGAGUCGUCGGGGUUUCGGUUUCACAGUUGUGGGAGGCGACGAGCCGGACGAGUUCCUGCAGAUCAAGAGCCUAGUCCUAGAUGGACCGGCUGCCCUUGAUGGCAAAAUGGAGACAGGUGAUGUGAUCGUGAACGUCAACGAUAUAUGUGUGCUCGGCUACACCCAUGCCCAAGUUGUGAAGAUCUUCCAGUCCAUCCCAAUUGGCUCCAUGGUCAACUUAGAGUUGUGCCGCGGUUACCCGCUGCCCUUCGACCCCGAUGACCCCAACACUAGCCUGGUUACCUCAGUGGCCAUUCUUGACAACAAAGAGCCCAUCAUUGUCAACGGUCAGGAGGCCUCCAGCUACAAUUCGCCUUCUAGCCACGGCAGUCAGAACAACAACAACGGCUCCACCAACGGAGGGGGGCCACACAACGGCCUCCCCCGGCCUUACAGCCCCUCGGCGGAGAUGGCCUCCGAUUCCUCUUCCCAUCACGGCUACCCCAACGACGUGGUUACCCUAGCCUCGUCCAUCGCGACACAACCAGAGCUCAUCACUGUACACAUGGAGAAAGGACAAGGCUUCGGCUUCACCAUCGCCGACAGUCCCGGAGGCGGAGGGCAGAGAGUGAAGCAGAUCGUGGACUACCCGCGCUGUCGUGGCCUCAAGGAGGGCGACAUCAUCGUGGAGGUGAACAAGAGAAACGUGCAGAGCAUGUCUCACAACCAGGUGGUCGACAUGCUCAGCAAGUGUCCCAAAGGCAGCGAGGUCUCCAUGCUGGUACAGAGAGGGGUGGCACCUGCAAAGAAGAGCCCGAAACUGCAAUUGUCAAGAAAAGACAGUCAGAACAGCUCCCAGCAUAGCGUUUCCAGCCACCGGAGCAUCCACACAGACUCGCCCGUGCACCCGUCCCUGGCGGCCCCUCUCAACGAGAGCAUCGCCCCCCCUCCCCCCUCUCAGCCCCUACCGGGCCUGCCGCCCCAGGAUUCCCCAGCAGACGGGACCAUCCAAAGAAAACCGGACCCCUUUAAGAUCUGGGCCCAGUCCAGGAGCAUGUAUGAAAGUAGGCUUCCAGACUUCCAAGAGCAGGACAUUUUCCUGUGGAGGAAGGACACAGGUUUCGGCUUCAGGAUCCUCGGAGGCAACGAGCCGGGAGAGCCGAUCUACAUCGGCCACAUAGUGAAGUACGGCGCAGCAGAUGAGGACGGACGCCUGCGGUCCGGCGAUGAACUGAUAUGCGUGGACGGCACAGCGGUGGUGGGCAAGUCGCACCAACUUGUGGUGCAACUGAUGCAGCAGGCUGCCAAGCAGGGCCACGUCAACCUCACUGUGCGACGCAAAGCCAACUACACAGUUAAAGCAGAAGGAGAUGUGCCACCAUCGCCGGCGUCCUCCCACCACAGCAGCACACAGGCGCCAAGCCUGACGGAGGAGAUUGGGAAGCGCACCCCACAGGGCAGCCAGAACUCCCUCAAUACCGUGAGCUCCGGUAGUGGCUCCACCUCAGGCAUCGGCAGCGGGGGAGGUGGCGGCGGAGGGGCGGGAGGCAGCGGUAACGCCGUGGUCACCGCGGCAGUAGCCACCACCAACUCCUCUCAGCCCCCCAACGUCAUGUCCAACGCCCCCUCCGCCCUACAGCCCUACGAUGUAGAGAUCCGCCGCGGCGAGAGCGAAGGAUUCGGUUUUGUCAUCGUCUCUUCCGUGUCGCGGCCCGAAGCUGGCACCACCUUUGCUGGCAAUGCAUGUGUGGCCAUGCCCCACAAAAUAGGGCGCAUCAUCGAGGGGAGCCCAGCGGACCGCUGCGGGAAGCUGAAAGUCGGCGACCGCAUCCUGGCUGUGAACUCGUGCUCCAUCACCAACAAGUCCCACUCUGACAUCGUCAACCUCAUCAAGGAGGCCGGGAACACCGUCACGCUACGCAUCAUCCCCGGAGACGAGUCAUCAAAUGCGUCUUUGUUGACCAAUGCUGAGAAGAUCGCCACUAUAACCACCACUCACACACCUCAGCAACAGGCUGCACCUGAGGCCAGGAACAACACCAAACCAAAACAGGAAUCUUUUGAAUUUAAAGCACCACAAGGCCCUCCUCCCCAACCCCCGACACAAGUCUCAGCUCAGGACUCUGAGUUCUACUCAGUGGACCUGGAUCGAGACAAUAAAGGCUUUGGCUUUAGCCUGCGGGGAGGCAGAGAAUACAACAUGGACCUGUACGUGCUAAGGCUAGCUGAGGACGGAGCGGCCGUCCGCAAUGGAAAGAUGAGGGUCGGUGAUGAAAUCUUGGAGAUCAAUGGCGAGAGCACCAAGGGCAUGAAGCACGCGCGAGCCAUCGAGCUCAUCAAGAGCGGAGGCCGGCGCGUCCAUCUGGUGCUCAAGAGGGGUGAUGGCUCUGUGCCCGAAUAUGACGGCAGCCUCAACGACGGCAGCGCAGCCAACCCAGCCUCAGGGUUACAAAACGCUGCGGAAGUGAGCACCCUGCCCCUAAACAAUGCGCCAUCGGAGUCCAGCUACCCACCAGAACCCCAACAACCAUCCCGGAGCAAGAAGGAGCCGACCCGCCGCUCCACCGGCACCGGCAAGCACCACCAUUCCAACCACCGCCACCGCUCCCCCAACAAGAAAACCAGCACAGGAAAAAACAAGGGGAAAAAGUCCACAGGGAAGGGUGUGUCCAAGUUGUUUAAGAAGAAGGAUGACAAGGGAAGUGACGGCCACCGCCACCAUUCCAGCGGGCACCAUCGCAGCCGCCAUCGUUCGCCUGACAAGGUGCACAGCCGGUCACGCAGUGCAGAAAACACUUUGGAUAACCGUCACAAGGGACACCGUCACGGCGGCUCCCCAGACAGACGCCACGGUCAACAAUCCUCUAAUCACCGCUCUCCAAACCGCUCUCCAUACCGCUCUCCAUACCGCUCGCCUCACCGCUCGCCUCACCGCCACAGGUCCCCACACCGCUCUCGGCACCACUCCCCCACCAGACGCCAUGCCCAUUCCUCAGAUCCCUACCGCCGCUAUACCUCCCCAGCAGGACAAAGACGCGUCAACGAGAAGCCCAACGGAGUAGAGGCCGUAUUGAAGGAGCCAACCAAGGCUCCUGAACUCAGCUUCCCUUUUGAGGACAGCAUCCUCCGUGAGUCCCCGGCCCUGGACCGCCUGAACAGGGAGGUCACGUUACCGCCGCUGCGCAGGGAGGAGCGCCUGUUCGGGGAGGACAGUCUGCUGAUGAGAGCUUCCUCUAUGGAGAGAACCUACAAGGGGGACAGCCUGCUAAUGAGAGCUUCCUCUAUGGAGAGAACCUACAAGGGGGACAGCCUGCUGAGGGAUGUGGCAUUCCGUGGCCAGAGAGACGCCUUCAGAGACGCCAGCUUGCCCAGAGUGCGCACCCCCGACUCAGAUUCAGCCUACAAGAAGUACAGCUCACUGCUGAGGGGCCGCUCACCUGAGAGGACUGAGAGGGAGGGGCGUUAUGCCAGCCGAGGAAGCACCCCGGAGCCGCAGUACCGAGCCCGUAGCCUGGGACGAGACAUCUCCCCGGUCAGGAACUCCAGAAGGGACGACUCGGAGGACGAAGAGGACGAUGACAAUUUUGUAGCGGCUAAAGUGAGAGAGUACUACAGCACGCUCAAGACCAACACCAGUCGCUCAUCCACCAUCCCUGAGCCCAAGAACACCUACAAGGACAGCCCCAAAGACCUGAGCAUCUGAAUGGACGGCUGACAGCCAAUCACAUCCACUACCCACAAACACCUCAAGUACUCACUCACGGUACCACAUGGUUCUACAGAAAUGCACCCAAUUGUGAACACAACUAGAUAUACACACACACACACACACACAUUAUGUAACAAUGUUGAGUUACUAACAAGACAGUGAUUCCAAAAUGACUUUUGAAGGGUUUUUUUCUUUCUUUUUUUAAUUGUAUGGUUUUUUUUUUCUUCUUGUUUUUGGUUAAGCAUUCUACAUUUACAAUAAGUCAAAACUUUUCCAGAAAAUGUAAAACCAUAAAAAACAAUGAUGUGCCUAACAGUUCCAUUAACGAGCAACAUUUUGAUUUUGAUUUGAUAUGUGACGGGCAUUUUGUGCCGCACUGUCAGAUGAUGAAAUGUAUGUACUUUUCCACGAGGAUCCAAUGGAAGUACCGCGCACCUGGAUCACUGUAACCGGUGCUCACAAUGAUGCUGUGCAUGUCUUUACCGGUUUCAAUGUCUCUUUUUCUCUCUCUCCCGCCUUCACUCUCUCUUUCUCACUCUCUUUCUCUCUCACUCUCUUUCUUUCUCUUUCUCUCUCUCCUCCCCCCCCUCUCCCCAGUGCCACUGUUUUUUAGACAUUUGACCAGACUAUAGCACAAGCCUGCAUUUGUUUGUAUAUUUUUGACAGUUUGCAGUAUGUGUACAUUCAGAGGUGAUCAUUUUAAAUGAAUGAAGGGAAAAUUAAAAGUUAAACUAUGAAGAUGAUGAUGAUGUUAAAAUAAAAUAAUAUAUUCAACGAAAAAAACAAGUGUCUGGUUGUUUUGGUUCUUUGGUUAUCACAGCCAUUAGGAUCAUUUUGGGAUUUGAUCUAAGUCAUAAAAACAGGUUAAACAAAUACAAACAUGGAGUGUAAGUGUCAGUGUCCUGAGAGUCUGUAGAGUACUGAGCUCUCAUC